AUGAAUUUUCAUGUGUACUUAUGGAUUAGAAGGUUUAUUAAAAAUCCUAGUUUACUUCAGCAGUAUUCUGAUAGGUUAAAGGUAAUAUCUAGUAAUAUUCCUGUUAAGGGUCAGCGGGAGGUUGAUAAGUUUAGUGAUAGUCGAGCAUCUAUUGGAAUUGUGUACAGGAAGUUUAGAAAUGAUCAUAGAACUGUUAGAAAUGUUAGGUAUGCUAAAAAUACAUCUGGAAUGAUAGUUGGGAUUAGUUAUGAUGAGCUUACAGGUAUGUCUUCCCUUGCUAGUCUAAAUGAUUAUAUGAGGUAUUACGCAAACAAAAGCGCGGGUCUUGUUGAUACCUCACUUCUUCAGGAAAGCUUGCAAUGUUAUGUAUACUGUGUCCUUGGAGCUCAAGCUAAUACUCGGUGGGCUAUAGUAAACCGCGGAACCUUCUCUUUACUGUCUCAAAACGGAUUCCGUAAACUUGUAGAAGAUGUUGUAGUUCAAACUGAUAUUUCAGUUGGAAUCACUAAUAUGAGAACAGCAAUUAGAGAUACUAACGCAAUA